AAGCAGGAAAAAUGGCGGAGAAAAACAGCUCGGACCAAACUGGGGAAACAAAUGUAGAUAAAAAUGCUACUCCCGGAGGAUCUAUGAUGAAGGUCACGGUCAAAACCCCUAAUGGAAAAGAAGAAAUUGCGAUUUCGGAGGAUUCUUCUGUCGCCCAGUUUAAACAGGAGGUAUCCAAAAAGUUUGAGGCCAAGCAGGAGCAGCUGGUGUUGAUAUUUGCUGGAAAGAUUCUGAAGGAUGGUGACACUUUAAACCAGCAUGGUAUCAAAGACGGGUUGACUGUUCACCUUGUUGUCAAGACGGCCCCAAAAUCAACAGGUGGCGGUACGUCUCAGACCAGUUCCAGUUCUGCAGCGCCUCAAAGUAGCAGCAGCAGCUCCAGCACCACUGUAGCAGACAGAACAGGAGGUGGCACGAGUCAGACACCGACACAACCUGCUAAUGCAAUGAGUGGACUCGGUGACCUGUCCGGCCUGUUAGGUCUGGGCAUGCGUUCCUCCAACUUAAUGGAGAUGCAGCAGCAGGUACAGAGUCAACUGAUGUCCAACCCACAGCUGCUGUCACAGAUCAUGGGGAACCCGCUGGUCCAGAACAUGAUGUCCAACCCAGACCUGAUGAGGCAGAUGUUUGCAGGCAAUCCUCAGAUGCAGCAGCUCAUGGAACAGAACCCGGGUGUCUCCCGCGUGUUCAACAACCCCGAACUUAUGAGACAGAUGCAGAAUCCUGAAACACUGUCCAUGCUGUCUAACCCCAGAGCCAUGCAGGCCCUCAUACAGAUCCAGCAGGGUCUGCAGACCUUACAGGCAGAAGUCCCAGGAUUCAUGUCCAGAUCUCCUGGAGGUUUUGCGGUUCCUCCAACUGCAGGGGGCAGCAUCCCUCCAGUGAACCCUCAUCCCCCUGGCAUGGCCACAGGAUCCAGUCUCCCCUCAGCCAGCAGUCCAACUCAGCAACAGCUCAUGCAACAGAUGUUACAGAUGUUUGCUGGUGGAGGGCCAUCACUUCAGACUCCGGAGGACCGUUUCCGGCAGCAGCUCGAGCAGCUCAACGCCAUGGGCUUCAUCAACCGCGAAGCCAACCUGCAGGCACUCAUCGCCACAGGAGGGGAUGUCAACGCCGCCAUUGAGAGACUGCUGGCCUAACUCACUCAGUCCAUGGGUUGAGGGUGGAAGACUGGGAGAGCUGGGGGCUGGCAUGGGAGAUUAAAAAAUAUAUAUAUAUAAAUAAGUGAGCACAGUCCUCCGUUACAUGCAAGUUUGACCUGACACCCAAAUAGAUCAGUGGAAUUCCAAUCACUUGCCAUCUCCUGUAAAUCACAGUAGGGAUGAACAGGGAGGCUGGGAAGUCAUAGUGGUAAAUGAGUUGGAAGGACGUUGCUGGUUUCUAACAGAAUUGAUCCUUUGCUUGAUGCUGUGGCUGCACAGCUGCUGUGAAAUGAUGCCAUGACUCUCACUGCCACUGAGUUACUCCUGCCAGUGCAUGAUGAUUUCUGACAUGAAAAGUGCUCAAUGACUGGAUGUCUACAUGAUGUUACCAAGGAACUAACUUUUUUCUGUUUUACUUAUUUUCACGUUAUUUAAUAUGAACAGAUUGCAUUCAGGUGGUUAGAUGAAGAGCUUUGAAUAGGUAGGCUGAAUGGUGCUCUCUGUCUGGAGAACCAGCUUGUUUUUACAUGUUUUUUUCACCCCUUUGCCUGGUUGACUGGUAAUUAUUGAACUUAUCUCCUCACUGAAAUUUUCUCCGUGACAGGUUCUGCUCUGUAUUCCUCUUGCUUCUCUGAACUAUACUGAAUCUCAUUGGUAUGGCACUGCUGGCUAAAUGUCUGAGGAGGAGGACAAAGUUUUCUGGUUGUUGGACCAAGGCUAUAAUGAGUGUGGAUGAGAGUUGGACAGUGUGACAUUUUAUAGAGUGAGAGGAUAGAGACUUUUCACCUGGUAGAGAUUUUACAAUGUUGAGCUAGAUAUCCCUUUGAUAUCUCUGGUUGUAUUGCCAGCAGUGAUGUUGAAAUUACAGGAUUUUCCUCAAGUACAUUUGUCACGUUUUUCAUUCACAAAAUUAGCCGAGGAAAAACAGAAAUUACAUCUGAUUGUUUUAAUCUAAUUUGUUCUCCAGUGAAAGUGCCACAAUCACAGUGUCGCCUUAAAAAUCACAUAAACCUUACAAUGGAUUUUAUUCUAAUCACCAUGUGAUUUCACUGUUCUUGAACAGGUUUGGUUCAAGCUGAUUUCCUGUCGACUAACAGUGUAAAAGUAAACAAACAAGUAAACUUGGACCAAUUUAGAUUUUUUUUGUUCUAACCUAUUAAACUGUAUAUUAAGUGUCAGGGCUCUGAUGAUCAUCAGAUUGAUUAAUUGUGGUUAAAGAUGAAAAGCCGUUUGAGAACUGUUUUGAAGGUGAUCCCAGAUAAGUUAAACCCCUUCACAAUAAGUGGACUGCAUUUCUAUAGUGCUUUUCUCACCUUACUGACCACUUAACUAUGGGGAGAAAUGAAGGGUUCAGUGUCUUGCCCAAGGGCACUUUGACAUGUAGUUUGCAAGGUUUAGGGAUCGAACCAUUGAGCUGCAGCUGCCUAUCACUGUUGUGAAGUUCCAUACAAGCAGUAGUGCCUAAACAUUGUGUUGGGUUCUGCAGUAUACGUAUUGCUAAAUGACCUGUGAAAUCAUUGUAUGUCUACCCACGAACAGAUAAAUUCAGUUCAGUUCAGUCAAUUAUUUGCAGUGUGUCUCUUGUCUAUUCCUAAGUCUGUGUGAAAUUUUUACUUUGGCAAUGCAAUUUGUCAUCUGUAUUAUGUUGAAUUUAAUCCUCAAUUGAAUCCUCAUAUUGAUUGCUGCCUCCAGUGAUAUCUGAAAGGUCUUACAAUGAUGUUACUCCUACUAAAAAAUUAAAAUUGAAAUGAUGUCUUUGUCACUGACAGUCAUCUGUAUAGUAAUUAAGUAAAUGUAGCAAUGCAACAAAUAUUAUUCCAGGAACUGUAAAAGUCUGUAUUGUGCCUUUAUCAAAUGUAAGUACAGUUAUUUAAAGUAAAAUUCCCUAUUUGUUAUUG